AUGUCCGCCCCUCUUGAGAGAGUUGCUAUAAUCGGUGCCACCGGUCGUAUCGGAGGUGCCUUUGCUGAGGCACUAGUGAAGACAGGAAAACACACUGUCACAGCCUUAACCCGCACCGAGAGCAAAGGCAAGCUCCCCGUCGGAGUCAAAUCCGUAGGUGUAAACUACGACGACGAAGCAUCAAUCGUCGAAGCCCUUAAGGGCCAGCAGUUCCUCGCUAUCACUCUCUCAGUGACCGCUCCCGAUGACCUUCAUGCCCGGAUUGCCGCCGCUGCAGGCAAGGCCGAGGUCCCCUACGUCAUGCCCAAUGUCUUCGGGUAUCCCAUCGAGCCUAAAGGUGUGACAGAGGAUGACUGGUACAGCCAGUUGAGCUUGAACCGGAUUGGUGACGUCGAGAAUACCAACUUCUCCUCCACGAUCAAGAUGUCUUGCGGCUUUUGGUACGAGUGGAGCUUGGCGCUUGGUAACCAGUGGUUCGGUUUCAGCAUCAAGGACCGCAAGGUCACCUUCUUCGAUGAUGGUAAGCGAAUUAUUACAGUCAGUACGUGGGACCAGUGCGGUCGGGCACUGGCAGGACUCUUGAGCCUGCCGGAAUCUGAGGGACCCACGUCUGUUGCCAGCUUCAAGACCAAGGAAGUUCUUAUCAGCAGCUUCCGUGUCUCUCAACGCGAUAUGCUAGACAGCCUGCAUCGGGUUCUGCGUACUACAGAUGCGGAUUGGGAAAUUUUGUAUGAGCCUACUGCCAAGCGCGUGCAAGAUGGGAUCGAGGAAAUGAAAAACGGCAUCUUUGAGGGUUUCGCUAAAAUGCUUUACGGUUCUGUAUUCUUGACUAGCAACCGCUUCAGUGAUUACGCGGCAACCAUGCCACUGGUUAAUGAGCUGCUAGGUUUACCUACUGAGGAUUUGGAUGAGGCGACAAAAAGGACGGUACAUAUGGUCGAAAGCGGCUGGAAUCCCUUUCCAGAAUUGAAGUAA